UGUGUUCCAAACUUUUUCUUAGAAUAUAUGUCCCAAAUAAUCCUCUAUCCAACUUAAACUCACUUCUUCUUCAAAAAAUAAAUUCUUUACCUUAGAGAGAAAGAGAGAACAAUAAUAUUGAGUGAGAAUGGCAGCUUGUACUGUCUACUCAACACAACCUCUAAGAACAAACAUCUCAAUUCCAACAUCAUCAAAAACACAUGUUGGUUUUAAUCAAAAACAGGUAGUGUUCUACACAACAACCAAAAAGAGCAGCAACAGAAGAACUAACAGUAACAACAGAAGAUACCUGAUAACAUGUGGAGCAGGUGACUCACAGACAAUUGUGAUUGGUCUAGCAGCUGAUUCAGGAUGUGGAAAAAGUACUUUCAUGAGAAGACUCACAAGUGUUUUUGGAGGUGCAGCAGAACCACCAAAAGGUGGAAAUCCUGACUCAAACACACUUAUCAGUGACACAACCACUGUGAUAUGUUUGGAUGAUUACCAUUCUUUGGAUAGAACUGGUAGAAAAGAGAAAGGUGUUACUGCACUUGAUCCAAGAGCUAAUGAUUUUGAUCUUAUGUAUGAACAAGUUAAAGCUAUUAAAGAGGGUGUUUCUGUUCAAAAACCUAUUUAUAAUCAUGUUACUGGUCUUUUAGAUCCUCCUGAGCUUAUUAAACCACCCAAAAUCUUGGUCAUUGAAGGUCUUCACCCAAUGUAUGAUUCUCGAGUUAGAGAUCUUUUGGACUUCAGUAUCUACUUAGAUAUUAGCAAUGAGGUGAAAUUUGCUUGGAAAAUUCAGAGAGACAUGGCGGAACGUGGACACAGUCUUGAAAGUAUCAAGGCUAGCAUUGAAGCAAGGAAGCCUGAUUUUGAAGCUUAUAUUGAUCCACAAAAGCAAUAUGCAGAUGCAGUGAUAGAAGUGUUGCCAACCCAACUAAUUCCUGAUGAUAAUGAAGGAAAGAUUUUAAGAGUGAGGUUGAUCCAGAAAGAGGGUGUUAAAUAUUUUAGCCCAGUUUACUUGUUUGAUGAUGGUUCUACAAUUUCAUGGAUACCAUGUGGAAGGAAACUUACAUGCUCUUAUCCUGGCAUUAAAUUUUCCUAUGGACCAGAGACUUACAAAGGAAAUGAGGUGUCAGUUGUGGAAAUGGAUGGACAAUUUGACAGACUAGAUGAACUAAUAUAUGUUGAGAGCCACUUAAGCAACCUAUCUUCCAAAUUCUAUGGAGAAGUUACUCAACAAAUGUUGAAGCAUGCUGAUUUCCCUGGUAGCAACAAUGGAACAGGUCUCUUCCAAACCAUAGUUGGUUUGAAGAUAAGAGAUUUAUUUGAGCAGAUAGUAGCAAGCAGGGCUGAGACUCCAGUAGGAGCAGCUAAAGCUUAGGAAGAACAUGCCUUAUAUAUAUAUACAUAAUAUUGGACAAGGCAGCCAUUGAAUUCUAUCCCAAAUCAUUUUCUAUUUUUGUGUUUUCCACAAUUCCUGUAUUGUAUGUUAUUUUGUGUAUGAAAAUACUUUGCAUGUACUUAUUUAUGUAAUAUGUUGUAUUAAUAAUAUAGAGGAGAAAAAGCAGGACUGAGAUUUCAGUUAUGUUGAUAAAAAGAUUUGAACAAUUUGUCAUCA